AUGUCGUCUAUGUUCAGCUGCCACUCGGACCUCAUCACACACUCUUGUGCUAAAGGAAAGUUUCUCAAAAAGGAUAAACGCAGUUAUUAUUACAUGUUGAUGCUCUUUGUAGCUCCGCCUUUGGCCUCUGGGCAUGGUGGUUUUAACCAAUCUCCUAAGAGUGGGCCCAUAGCUGGUUUAGAUGUUUCUCCUCUUGGCUAUGGCAAUUUCUCGGAUUUUCCUUGGUUUGAAAGUGACCUUGACAAUUUUCAGGAGUCCUUGUCAGGAAUUUUAUAUGUCAUCAAACUGAGAGUUGUCUGGUGUUUUUCUCAUGGAAAGACAAGAGGAAGAUUGCAGAGGAACGAGGAAAUCGAAGCUGCAAAUGUGACCCUGGAUGAAGCCACUGCCCAUCCUGCCCUCCUCGUGUCUGAAAGAGGGAGGCGAGUUACCUGGCAAGAAACUUGUCAAGAUCUUCCCAGAUCCACACAGAGAUUCAACUCCAUUCCCUGUGUGCUGGGUCAGCUGCGCAUCAACUCAGGGAGGGCCUACUGGGAGGUGGAGGUUGGGGACAUGCAAUCUUGGGACUUGGGAAUUUGUAGAGAUAAUGUGACCAGGGAGGGGGUAUUCACUAUGUCCCCACAGAAUGGUUUCUGGGCCAUUAGGCUCUAUGACGGGGACUACUGGGCCCUCACCUCCCCGGAAACUUCUCUUCCUCUAAGAGAAAGACCCCUUAAGGUGGGGAUAUUCCUGGAUUAUGAGGCUGGAGAUGUAUCUUUCUACAACAUGACAGAUGGAUCCCACAUUUUCACCUUUCCCCAGAACACAUUCUAUGGUGUCCUGAGACCACUUUUCAGACUUUGGUCCUCUGACUCGGGCUCCCUAACCAUCUGUUCAGCUGAAGGAGAAUGUACUGAUAUAAUUCAUAAGUCUACCCUCCAGGCGAAAUGAUCACUUUGCCCCAAAGAAGAUCGCAUUUCUCCCCUAGCAAGAUAUAAAUACAUUUUUUCCUAGUCCCUACUGGUUCAUUGUCAAUAUAAAGCUCUGUGACACAGACUUGAUGAUUGUCCCUCAUAUCAGUUCUUCCUGUUUUUGUCAUAUAUUCCUUCUCAUUAUUACCUUUUCCUAUGACAACCUCCUACAAGUAUUAGAUUUCUUACACCCCCUUAGUGCAUGUGACUAAAGGAUGGUGUUGUAUUAAAAGGUGAAUUACAAGGAUGUGUCCUUAAAGGAAAAUUGUGUCUUUCUUUUCUUCUUUACUUUUCUUCUGGCUAUAAAGUGUCAUGAUUAAUGGAACUCAAAAGACAUAUACGACCAUGUAAUAUGACGCAGAUGGUAGAGAAAUUGAAAUGAACUUGGGAGUCUGACAACUCCAUGGAGCCCCUCUAUUGCCCAAUUCUAGAAUUCUUUUCUGUGAAACAUAAACAUUUAUAUCUUUAA